AUGCAUCGCCUUCUCACUGCAUCGAGCAGUAUUUACAGUUCCCGGGCGUACCGUACAUUUACGGGUGCCGGAUUUCUCCCACAGCCGUGUCUGCGGGCAGUGGGCCUGCGGCAGGGUGCGUGGCCCGGUUUAGCGUCACAAGCCCGCAUAAACUUUGGCGUCUCUCCUGCCUUUGCGAGCGCCAUGACUCACACGCGACGGUGGCAGAGUGGCACGGGGGCAACAGACUACUACACGCUUCUUGGGGUGAAGCCGGACGCCUCGGCGGACGAAAUCAAGGCGGCGUACAAGAGACUUGCCUUGCAGUACCACCCCGACCGCAACAGUGACCCAGGGGCGGAGGAGAUGUUUAAGAGCAUUUCGGAGGCGUACCACGUGGUUGGAAACAAACAGCGUCGAAGGGAGUACGACUUGAGUCGUCCCGUCGGCUCCGCCUUUUCAGGCAGAGGCUCGGGGGGCGGGUUCUCGCCCGGGUAUUCGCAACAAGGCCCCGCAGCGGGCUACCAACACAUGUCGAAGGAAGAGGCGGACCGUCUCUUUCGUGACUUGUUUGGCGGGAUGCGGGUGGAUCAGAUAUUUCGCGACCUCGAGGAGGAGAUGCGGCGCGGCGGCGUGGGCGGUCGCCAGAGCCGCACAUCCUCGGAGUUCAGUGAAAAGGAGCAGGCGUUUCGGCCGUUUUUCCGCGGCGGGUCGACCCGCGUCUACGUCGACGCCCACGGCAAUCGCAUGGAGGAGCGGGAAUUUUACGACCCCCGUGGAACAUCGUUCAAGAUCCGCACGGUAAGUAGUGAGCAGCCGAACGCCAGCACCAACCAACGGGCGGAGGAGUACUACAAUGCCAAGGCGGGGAGCAGCCGGGACGGCAGAUUUCACUACGGCAACUCCUCCUUCAACGUGAACCCGCCUGGUGCCACAAACGACUUUGGUCAGGCCCUUUUUGGAGUGCGGACGCACGGGAGGCACCCACUCGUAGCUAUGAUGAUCAUUGCUGCGUGGGGAGUUGUCCUUGGCACCCUAAUUUUGGGCGUUUUUACCUUCCUCCUCUCUCACCCCGUCUUCACGAUGUGUGUGCUGUUUCUUGUGUUUCUUCGGCGACUCCGCUUCUUUUGA